UUCCAUAGAUAGUAAUAAUACAGGGACCCACUGCUCCUGAGACCAGAGAUCCGUAUUUUAAAGUUCAAGUGCUUCUUGGUGAUUUAGUGCGGUUUCUUCGCCCACUAAAACCGCCAAGGUAAUACAGUUUUAUUCCGAGCGUCCGGAGAUUCCGCCCUUGGACCUGGCGCCGGAAGUGCUGCGUGCGGUCACUUCCGUCGCACUGGCGGGCGCCAAGAUGGACGCUCCGUGGGCUCGGGAGCAGCUACGGCGGCGUUACCUGUUUCCUUCCGAAGUAGAGCUGGACUGCGAGGACGAGGCCAAGCCGGAAACACCCACAGCUGUUGAGAAAAAGGAGCGACCUCUUCCAAGACUUAACAUUCAUUCUGGAUUCUGGAUUUUGGCAUCCAUCGUUGUGACCUAUUAUGUUGACUUCUUUAAAACCUUUAAAGAAAAUUUUCACACCAAUAGUUGGUUUCUCUUUGGCGGAGCCUUGUUAUUUGUCAGCCUGUCAAUUGCAUUUUACUGCAUAGUCUAUCUGGAAUGGUACCGUGGGAUUGAAGAAUAUGAUGUCAAAUACCCAACACUGGUGCCCAUCACAACUGCAACUUUCAUUGCGGCAGGGAUUUGCUUCAACCUGGCUCUGUGGAAUGUGUGGUCAUUUUUCACUCCCUUGCUGCUGUUCACCCAGUUUAUGGGGGUCGUGAUGUUCAUCUCACUCCUCGGAUAAGCUCUGACUUCAGAACAUGACCAUUUAAAGUGAACAAAGCGUCCAGCUUGUCGGCUGACGUGAAGGAGAAGCUCAGUGUGCACUGCUGUCUCCGCAGUGAGUUGUUCCAUGGAGAAACUGUGACUCUCUAGAUCUGCUGUCGAAAUCAGAAUAAAUGAUCUUUCUCUCUGCUGUUCAAAACAAGUGAUUGCUUCUCAGCAGUUUGUGUUAGAACUAGCGAGUGUUAACCUGUCAGCUUUUAGAGACAGUAGUAGCUCAUCACAGGAGCACAGUGCCAACAGUUUUACAGAUUCUGGCCUGUUCUACUUGAAGGCUAGCUGCCCUUGUAUAGGUGACUGGACACAAGCAUGACAGAAUCGUGUUGUCACCGUUAGUAGUCACUGGAUAGCUCGUAUUUGUCAUAGUUUUUUAAGAAGAGGACCAAACGGAAGUAUCUUAUGGUUUCUUGUUACUCUGGGUUUUAUCAUUAUAUAAGUUAUUGGGUUUUUAACAUUUUUCAACUUAUGUUCUUUUAAUAAUGUUUAAGUAUAUAUAAUUUUUUUCUGUAACAUCAAUAAAAUAUUUUUAUAAUUUUCUUGUGCA